ACCAAACAAUUGGCUUCUCGUCAGGCAGCCCCGUUCUCGCCGUCCGCUUCGACAGCGUCCCAAAUCGACACGCCGAUCCGCAUCCCCUCCAUCUGUCCUCCAAAUGGACGUGAUAACGCAAGUUUCGAAGGACGACGAGCCUCUGCACGGAUUUCUCUCCUCGCCCAACGGAAGCAUCAAUGCGACGCCGGUGCCUGUUAAGACACGCAGUCGGGGUUUCUUGUCGACGCUCUUCUGUUGCUUUCGUGGUCGGCCGAAAACUUCGUCGUUUAGUGAGACUCCGCCGUCUCCGAAGUUGCCCCCGGGAAAGUAUUUGCUUCCAGCUCCGGCGGCGCAGGAUAGACGGCGGAAGUGUUUGGUGAUUGAUUUAGAUGAGACACUCGUACACAGCUCGUUUAAACCUGUCCCCAAUGCUGACUUCAUUGUUCCUGUUGAAAUUGAUGGUACUGUACAUCAGGUUUAUGUUCUCAAGAGGCCAUAUGUAGAUGAGUUCUUAAAACGAAUGGGGGAAUUGUUUGAAUGCGUUUUAUUUACUGCUAGUCUUGCUAAGUAUGCUGAUCCUGUGUCUGACUUGCUGGACAAGUAUGGCUGCUUCCGUGCGAGACUCUUCAGAGAGGCUUGUGUAUUUCACAGAGGGAAUUACGUCAAGGAUCUAAGUCGCUUGGGUCGAUCGUUGAAAUCAACUAUUAUCAUUGACAACUCACCCGCUUCAUACAUUUUUCAUCCACAAAAUGCGGUUCCUGUCUUGUCAUGGUUUGACGACCAAGAAGACAAAGAAUUACUGGAGCUGAUUCCGUUUCUCGAAGGUCUCAGUACUGUGGACGACGUUUGCAGAGUGCUCCAGCAGCCAUAACAUGCAGUUCGUAUCUUGUGUAAUUGUCACAGUUGAUAAGCACUGAGAGCUAUCCACAUGCUGCUAUUUUAUACGUUAUUAUUAUGAUGCGUGUUAUAAGGUGUUCUGAGCUGUAUAUACCCUAACCUAUGGGUGUUUGUAUGAAACAAGUCUAUCUUUUGAUACUAACGAUACUCAUGACUAUAUGUAAGCUACAUGCGGAAUUAGCUAAAUACACUAAAAGUUGAAUAUGA